AUUUAGUACUCUUAACUCCUACUCUAGAGUCAAGCCAUGAAAGAACUGUGUCACGUAUGACUCUAGUUCCAGAAUUAUCAAUUAACUAAACGGCAAAUGUCUAAAAAUGCUUUUGGAUUUUAUUGAUCAUUUUUAUACUUAAAAUAGCCUCCAUUCAGCCACCCCUCUAUGGCUAUAAAAAAGAGUCACCAAGGACCAGAUAAUCACACCCCAUUUCUUCAAGAAAUCAAAACAAAACAACCCAACACUUUCCAUAACAAAAAUAUACUGCCUCCAAACUCUUUUCUCCUAGCUCUUAGAAACAUCAAAAAAGAAAAAAAAUGGUAGCCCAAAAGUCCAUCUCCAAGUCCAUGAAUGCCAAAAUUCUUGGUUCAGGGAAACAAACCAUAGUCUUAGCUCAUGGAUAUGGUGGGGAUAACUCCGUUUGGGACAACGUGAUAAACCCUUUAUCCGAGCUUUACCAAGUCCUGGUGUUUGACUGGAGUUUCUCAGGAGUUGUGAAAGAUCUGGACCUUUUCGACGCCGUUAAGUAUUCUUCGUAUGAUGCUUUUGCAGAUGACUUGAUUGAUUUGCUGGAAGAGAUGAACUUGAAGUCAUCGGUUUUUGUCGGGCACUCCAUGUCCGGCAUGAUUGGAUGCAUUGCUUCCGUGAAAAGGCCUGACCUUUUCACCAGGCUUGUGCUCGUUGCAUCUUCUCCAAGGUUUAUUAACACGGAUGAGUACGAAGGAGGUUUCGAGAUCCCCCAAGUAGAACAGCUCUUCGCAAGCAUCGAAUCCAACUACGACCAAUGGGCUCCUAGCUUCGCCUCCAUUGUUGUGGACAAAAAUGACCCUCUGUCGGUUGAGAAAUUCGCCGGAUCGUUGACCAGGAUGGGAGUCAAAACGGCACUUCCCUUGGCCAAAUCCGUCUUUCUUAGUGACCAUCGAGAUGUCCUCGAGCAAGUCACAACUCCGUGUACCAUAAUUCAAUCUGUUAACGAUGUUGUUGUCCCAAAUUCCGUCCCACUUUUCAUGCAGAAGAAGAUCAAAGGUAAAUGCAACGUGGAAGUUAUCGAUAUCGAAGGCCAUUUCCCUCAGCUUACUGCUCCUAAGCAAUUCCUAGAAGUCAUUGAUAAAGCCAUGAUUGAUUCUCUCUAGUCAAUUAAGGAGUUAUUAUGGUGAUCUUCGUUUAUUUUUAGAAAUUAAGCCACGUAGAAACCUAGGAAGGGCAAUAUAUAUACUUACGUUGGAUAGUAGUUGUGUAAUGAAUAAUAUGCGCGCCGAGAUAUCUAUGGGAAGGUUUAUCCACCUUGAUCAAUGCCUUAAGAAUGAUCCAGUUGAGAUUUUGUUUUAAAGGGUUUUUAGACAGAAAACCUAUUUGGAUGUCGGAGAAAAUAGAGGGUUGAUUCUGUCAUCGAAGAUGAUGUAACAUAUUGUACUUGGUUGGGUCGACAUAUUCCAUGGUAUCAUGGAAUUUGGAAGAAGCACUUAGCUGGGUAGUGUGUGGUUUUGGUAGUGUUCUUUUUUUUUUUUUUUUUCCGAGUGAGUCAUCACGAACGUUGUGUGUCGAGUGUGUUUUUAAAAUGUUCGGAUUGAACUCUUAUUGUAAAUUAUUGCUACUACUCCUAAUAGCAUUGCACUAUGAUUAGUGGAGUAUUUAUUGAUUUGAAAAUUGUCCUUAUCAGUACUUAAUCAAUUAAUUAUAUCGUUAUCAGAGGCCAAAAAGCUAGUUUUGUUUUUUAGACGCCAAGUGGUUGUUGAUUUCGAUCCCCAAAAGUCAAAAGUCCUUAUCUUGAGGCCAGAAAUUAUAAUAAUGAAAUGGGAG